CGAAAUUGAUAACGAUUAGAUAUUUGGGGUUCAAGGUUGGUAGGAUUUGGAGACCCGAGUGUAUUGCCAAAUAGAGCUUUGGUCAUGCACGAUUUCAGUGUUGGCUGGAAAAGGAAAAAAGGAAAAAAGAUCUCAAACGCUGAGAAAAUAUAAGGAAAAAAGAUCGGAAACGCUAAAAAAAAAGAAGACGUCUUUUCGUUGUCAUUGGGGGUAUCACUCCAUCGACCUCUCUCCCUCUCUGGUGAUGGAUGUCUUUAAAGGCACAUUGUGUUGUCGCUUUGAAGCGUUUCAGAACUGAAUAAGGUGGUAAAGGCCACAGAACACGCGCACUCCGUCUGGACUGUACAGAGCGCGAGUGGUGGUGCGGCACACCUGUAACUGCGGACACGUGUCCUGAAGCUUCACUGUCCGGGUCCGUCUGCACUGAUGGCGGCUUCUACGUCCUCCUCAGCCGGUGACGUGGAUUCGAACACGGCUAAUUUACGACCAUCCGCCUCAACCUGUGACGCGUGGUACGGAGUUGCACAUGGCUGCACGAGGAAACUGGGAAUGAAGAUUUGCGGUUUCUUGCAGAAGAACAACAGCUUGGAUGAGAGAAAUAUCAUUGGUCCUUUAAAGGAGCCCCAGAAGAACCAACUCUCGUGGGACCACGGUGAGCGCGCCCCGCGCUGCAGGCGUCCGGACACGGACUUCUCCAACCUGUUCGCUCGAGAUUUACUUCCCGCGAAAAAUGGCGAAGAACCAACUAUGCAGUUUCUCCUGGAAGUCGUGGACAUUCUGACAAAUUAUGUUCGCAAGUCAUUCGAUAGAUCGACCAAAGUGUUGGACUUCCAUCACCCACACCAGCUGCUGGAGGGACUCGAGGGCUUCAACCUCGAGCUCUCGGAUCAGCCUGAGUCCCUCGAGCAGAUUCUCGUGGACUGCCGAGACACUCUGAAGUACGGAGUGCGGACAGGACAUCCCAGAUUUUUCAACCAGCUCUCUACAGGGCUGGACAUCAUUGGCCUGGCAGGAGAAUGGCUCACAUCUACUGCUAAUACCAACAUGUUCACCUAUGAGAUCGCACCUGUGUUUGUGCUGAUGGAGCAGCUUACACUGAAGAAAAUGAGGGAGAUUAUUGGCUGGCCUAAUGGAGAAGGGGAUGGGCUUUUCUCCCCAGGUGGUGCCAUAUCCAACAUGUACAGUGUGAUGAUUGCCAGAUAUAAGUAUUUCCCUGAGAUCAAAACCAAAGGCAUGUGUGCUGCACCACGUCUCGUGCUGUUUACGUCAGAAAAUAGUCACUAUUCGAUCAUGAAAGCAGGAGCAGCACUAGGGUUUGGGAAGGAAAACGUGAUUCUUCUCAGCACAGAUGAGAGGGGUCGGGUCAUUCCUGCUGACCUGGAGGCAAAGGUCAUUGCAGCCAAACAGAAGGGUUAUGUCCCACUCUUUGUGAACGCGACGGCCGGUACUACAGUCUAUGGAGCGUUCGACCCCAUCAAUGACAUCGCCAACAUCUGCGAGAAAUACAACAUGUGGCUACAUGUGGACGGUGCAUGGGGUGGCAGCCUGUUGAUGUCAAGGAAGCAUCGUCACAAGCUAAGCGGUAUUGAGAGGGCAAACUCAGUCACAUGGAACCCACACAAGAUGAUGGGGGUUCCUCUUCAGUGCUCCGCCAUCCUGGUCAGAGAGAAGGGCAUUCUUCAAGGCUGUAACUCCAUGUGUGCUGGAUACCUGUUCCAGCCAGACAAACAGUACGACGUCACGUAUGACACAGGUGAUAAGGCCAUCCAGUGUGGCAGACAUGUGGACAUCUUUAAAUUCUGGCUUAUGUGGAAGGCAAAGGGCACAGUCGGCUUUCAGCAGCACAUUGACAAGUGUCUUGACCUCUCUGAAUACCUCUACAAAAAAAUCAAGAACCGUGAGGGCUAUGAGAUGGUCUUUCAGGGAGAGCCUCAGCACACUAAUGUCUGCUUUUGGUACAUUCCACCGAGCCUGCGGAACAUUCCAGAUGGAGAGGAGAAGAGGGAACAGUUGCACAAAGUGGCACCAAAGAUAAAAGCGAUGAUGAUGGAGUCUGGCACCACCAUGGUGGGUUACCAGCCACAGGGAGACAAAGUCAACUUCUUCCGCAUGGUCAUCUCCAAUCAUGCUGCCACCACAUCUGAUAUAGACUUUCUAAUCGAUGAGAUUGAGAGGCUUGGGCAUGACCUGUGAUAGCACCCUCUCCUAGGGAGAGGUGUGUACUGCACCACUUAACCACCUACCUAACAAUCAGAGCCUGUGGUGCGUAUAUGAAUAUGUGGUGUGUGUAUAUAUCUGUGUACAUGUUGGGUCUGUGGCUGCAGUAGGAUCCAUUUCUCAGCACUGUGUUUCUAUAAAUUUCCUUUGUUGUAGAUCAUGUAAAAAAUGUUUCCUUUGUGAGGUGAAAACAUGUCUUCAGUUGAAAUGUUCAAUAACAAACAGAAAUUGAAACGUUUUAAUUUAACAAUGCAGUAACUAUUUAAUUUCAUCUGUAAUUUAUCUUCAUUCCUGUUUUAAGAAAAUGUAUGUAAAUCUGUGUGUAUUUAUGGUGAAGUAAUGAGUUUGUGAGAGCCAAAGACAGAUAACUAUUGUCGCUAUAUGUUACACUAUACAUUUUCUAAGUAUUAUAUUAAGUAUUCUAUAAGUAUUCUUUCAGACAGGCUAGAACAUAGAAUAUAUAAUAAAGCCUAUAUAUAUACAUACAUAUAUACAUACACACACACACACACAUUUUUUGUGGGUGGGUGUGUUUGUUCAGGUUCUUGAUCUUAGUGCAAUCAGUGUGUUGUGUAUCUGUGAUUUUGUUGUGUGUAGUGUGUGUGAAACUUUGUUUUAAAGCAAUCAUGUCAAUGAGCAGUGCAAAACAAUUUUUUUAAUCAUCUGUUAACAAUAAUAGGCUAAUAACACUAUUAACACCAUUAACACUAUUAACACUAUUAAUAAAAUAAAGCAAAGCACAAAUAAGACAACUGGUGAGAAUGUCAUCUUGAGGAAAAUGUAAAGACUUUUGACACAUAUAAAUGUAGUAAUGUUUGAUUAUUGUGCAGACAUGCAGUAAGUAGUGCUACAGUUAGCAGCCUGCAGGUUUGCAGAAUAUCUUUCCCUUUGUUUAAAACUACUUUUGAGUCGAGCUUUGUUGCUGUGAUGCUUGAAUGGACAGACUGGGUUAGGGUUAGCGGACUGGGUUAAGGAUAGCGGACUGGGUUAGGGUUAGCGGCCUGGGUUAGGUUUAGUGGACUGGGUUAGGGUUAGCGGCCUGGGUUAGCGGACUGGGUUAGGUUUAGUGGACUGGGUUAGCAGGUGGACAGAAGAAAGGCACUUUAAUUAACACCCUCACUGCAAUGUGAACACUGUUACAGUCACUUACUGUACCAUGCAAAUAAAAAAAAUAUUAAAAUAUUAAACUGUUUGUCAUUCUCAUUUAAAACAGAAACAUUUAUGGGUUUUGAUAAUUCAAGUUUCAGGUUACAAGUUUGGUUUAUUCAUCACAUACAUAGUCAUACACAGUUAAUUAACGUUUUGGUGAUGUUUUAGUGACCAUAACAGAUCUUGCCUUGAUUUCCAACCUAUUAAAUAAUGUAUUAGUAAAUGUAAAAACAAAAAAGAUUAGCUGCAGUAUCCUUUCAGAACUCCAGGUGUGAAGCAAAAGUAAAACAAAGGAAUUGACUACAUAAGGAAAGGACGUAAGGUGCAGGCCAGGCUACAGAAAAUUACAUAUGUAGUAUUAAGGAUGUCUUAUCAAUUCCAGUAAUAGUAUCUUACUUAAUAGUUAGUAGAUUAAUAGUAACCAGAUACAAACAGCUUAAUGGUGGAACAGGCAACUGUUUCCUCUUGAUUUUAAGGUUUGCUUUCCGUAAAUUCGCUUAUUCUUUGCUGUUCUCUUGUCAGUUUCGGGUAGCCUUAGUUUACUGUACCAUCCCGGGACACGGAAAAAAACAUUGAUAAAAUUGUUGAGCAAAAUCUUUCAAAUCAUUUGGUUCGUGUUUGCAGCGUAGGCUAGGCCAGGUUCGCUCCACCAAAACAAGA